AUGUCUCAAAAUAAUAUUCCUGUCGCUGGCGCGGCACUGAAUUCGGCCAAGGAACGUCACUAUGCAUACCUUGCAUCUCGUCUGGAUGCGCUGGCAGCGACGAUGCAGCACACUCAACACCACAUGUCCAUUGCAAGCGAACAGGCAGCUUACAUGAAAGACUUGGGCGUGGGGCAGGCGGCGAUGUUUAUGGCAGCACUUGACCAAGUGGACCGUGAGAAUGACAGUGCAUCAGCAGCGGCCAAUGCAUCCGGCUAG